GAGCAGAUAAGAAGUAUUCUCCCGACAGGUGUCAGCCUUCAGAUUUUGGCAACAGAGUCGGCCCAAGAUCACGGAUCUCUUCAAAAUGGUGGUUUGUUGUUGAUUAAUAAAUCUUGUCAGCUCUCCUAAAUUGACGAAGUUGGCGUUGCAGAGAAGUUGGGGCAUCCAUGGCGUCUGCUCUGAGUCUGAGCUCCUCGUUCAAACCAGCAUUGUUGACGACGACCGGAAAUGCCACUCUUGCUAAUACCACAAGAUCUUCCUCUUUCUUCCCUUACCUUGUUGGUUCACCUUCUCUCCCAAGCGUCGUCACUCUCAAAGUUCCUCGAAGGCCAUCAUCUGCACCAGUUGUCAGAGCAUCUUCAUCUUCUUCUCCUUCUUCUACUGCAGUGGCCGAGCCUGAAGGCAUCAAGAUAACUUCAGUGCCGACAAAACCGAUUGAAGGACAAAAGACCGGGACGAGCGGCUUGAGGAAGAAGGUUAAAGUUUUUAUGCAAGAGAAUUACCUCGCGAAUUGGAUCCAGGCAUUGUUUAAUUCUUUGCCGCCGGAGGAUUUCAAGAAUGGCGUGCUGGUAUUAGGAGGUGAUGGUCGCUUCUUCAAUCGAGAAGCUUCUCAGAUAAUUAUCAAAAUUGCUGCAGGGAAUGGUGUUGGGAAAAUUCUAGUUGGCAGGGAGGGUAUAGUGUCCACACCAGCUGUUUCAGCUGUCAUUCGGAAACGAAGGGCCAAUGGUGGUUUUAUAAUGAGUGCUAGCCAUAAUCCAGGGGGACCAGAAUAUGACUGGGGUAUCAAGUUCAACUAUAACAGUGGGCAGCCUGCACCAGAGUCCAUUACUGACAAGAUAUAUGGAAACACUCUUUCUAUUUCUGAAAUUAAAAUGGCAGAAAUUCCAGAUGUUGAUCUAACCUGUCUAGGGGUUACAGCUUAUGGCAACUUCAGUGUAGAAGUAAUUGACCCAGUUUCUGAUUAUCUAGAUCUAAUGAAGAAUGUGUUUGAUUUCCAGCUUAUUAGAAAUCUUCUCUGUCGGUCAGAUUUCAGGUUCAUAUUUGAUGCCAUGCAUGCAGUUACUGCUGCCUAUGCAAAGCCUAUCUUUGUGGAUAUGUUGGGAGCCAAUCCAGAUUCAAUUGCUAAUGGAGUGCCACUGGAAGAUUUUGGGCAUGGUCAUCCAGAUCCUAAUCUUACGUAUGCCAAGGAUUUGGUUGAUGUCAUGUAUUCUGAGAAUGGGCCUGAUUUUGGAGCAGCUAGUGAUGGGGAUGGUGAUAGGAACAUGAUUCUUGGUAGAAGUUUUUUUGUUACUCCCUCGGACUCUGUUGCAAUUAUUGCAGCCAAUGCACAGGCAGCAAUCCCUUAUUUUCGGAAUGGCCCAAAGGGUUUAGCUCGUUCUAUGCCUACCAGUGGUGCUCUUGAUCGUGUUGCUGAAAAGUUGAAUCUUCCAUUCUUUGAGGUUCCAACUGGUUGGAAAUUCUUUGGGAAUCUAAUGGAUGCUGGAAAGUUGUCAAUUUGCGGGGAAGAAAGUUUUGGCACCGGAUCCGAUCACAUCCGUGAAAAGGAUGGAAUAUGGGCUGUGUUAGCUUGGCUUUCAAUCCUUGCACACCGAAACAAAGACAAGAAAGUUGGAGAGAAACUAGUUUAUGUUUCUGAUGUUGUUAAGGAGCAUUGGGCAACUUAUGGAAGGAACUUCUUUUCUAGAUACGACUAUGAGGAAUGUGAAUCUGAAGGAGCCAAUAAGAUGAUAGGGUAUCUUAGAGAUUUGGUAUCUAAGAGCAAGGCAGGUGAAAAAUAUGGGAAUUAUGUCCUUCGAUUUGCGGAUGACUUCAAUUAUACAGAUCCUGUGGAUGGGAGUAUAGCAACCAAGCAAGGUAUUCGGUUUGUAUUUACAGAUGGAUCAAGAAUCAUAUUUCGUUUAUCAGGAACUGGUUCUGCAGGUGCAACUAUUCGAAUUUAUGUUGAACAGUUUGAGCCAGACGUGUCAAAGCAUGAUAUGGAUGCACAAAUGGCACUAAAACCAUUGAUAGAUCUGGCAUUAUCAAUUUCAAAGUUGAAGGAGUUCACUGGAAGGGAGAAGCCUACAGUCAUCACAUAAUGCAUUGCCUGCCACUGGCAUUCACAUAAUUGGUGGUAUUAAUGUUCAUGUUGGUAUAUUCUCUUAUUCAAUUUUGAUUACCAGGGUGGGUAAUCUUGCUCUGCCCACAAAAAAGCCAUUUGGUGGAUAAAGAGGUGGAAGAAAAAGGGGGAAAAUAAAACCAAAGAAGUGAAAUGAUUGUCUGUUGUAAAUAAGGUUUUUGUUUUUCUUGGUCUGAAUCUGAAGAAAAUCUGCUGAUAAGAACCAAUUGAACAUUUGAACCAUCUUUUCCUUAAUCUGUUCCAAGCUUUAUGGUGGGCAAGUAUUGUAACGCAAGUGGAAACUUCAAAAAGAUGUGUAAGUUGUUGCCCGAUGGUGGUUCCCCUCCAUGAUUACAUAUUUCAUAAGGAACUCUGGGAAUUUUAAUGCCAACCGUUUCAUUAAGAUAGUCUAUAACUGCAGUAUAUGGUAUUUGUGCACUGUGGCUACACUACAUAUUAUAAGAAAUUUUACUUAAUAAGAUGCAUUA